UAAGGUAGUGUAGUAUCCAACACAGAACAGUAAUAUUACUGUUUUGUGGUAUCCAAUCUGUUGAUGUCCAUUCGGGAUGCUGUAAUGCGUCCACUUUUUAUGGUGACCAUAAUCGUUUAGGGGAGAUGUAGAAGGCUUCAAAAAAGGAAUUGAAGGCAUUUGUUUUGUAUGCUAUAAUAAAUUUGUCAGAGCUUUGGGAGUAAGAAACAUUUUUCUACCAAUCAGAAACACUGGUUGCAACCACCCUCUGCAACUCAAAUUUCGCGCCAAAAGUGCAGUGAUAUUCGGUGGAUCCACCAGGGCGCCCAAUAAGAAUAAAGGAUCACAAAAUUACCAAAAAAAAAUAAUAAUAGGACGGGAUUUCUCGUUCUGUCACUUUUACUUCAUAAAUGAUCCAAAUUUAAUUGCUACAAAUAUUCAAAUAAUAAUGGCGAACGAGUUAAAACUGUUAAAAGUUUGUAAAAACGGAUUUGCUCAGAUACGCAACUUUCAUCGCACCGCUCCAAUUUUCGCCGAUAAACCUAAAAAUAAGAAAUUUUCAAUUUACCGCUGGGAUCCGGAACAUAGCGGUCAGAAACCCUACCAAAAAGAGUAUGUCGUCGAUUUAAAUAAGUGUGGUCCCAUGGUGUUGGAUGCCCUCAUUAAGGUCAAGAAUGAAAUGGAUCCAACUUUAACCUUCCGCCGGUCCUGUCGCGAAGGGAUUUGUGGAUCGUGUGCGAUGAACAUGGAUGGGCUUAAUGGCCUCGCAUGUAUUACGAAAAUUGACUCCAAUUUAAGUAAACCCAUGAAAAUAUAUCCUCUACCUCAUAUGUAUGUAGUGAAAGAUUUAGUGCCUGAUAUGACACACUUUUAUAAUCAGUAUAAAUCGAUUCAGCCAUGGCUACAACGUCAUGAUGAGGUAGAAGUUGGUAAGCAUCAGUAUUUACAAAGCACGAAGGAUCGUGAUAAGUUAGAUGGUUUGUACGAGUGCAUUUUGUGUGCUUGUUGUUCUACCUCCUGUCCAAGUUAUUGGUGGAAUGGUCAAAAGUAUUUAGGACCUGCUGUUUUAAUGCAGGCGUACAGAUGGAUUAUUGACUCGAGAGAUACUUCAACCACCGAAAGAUUGGAACGUUUGAAAGAUAGUUAUGCAGUAUUUCGCUGUCACACUAUUAUGAAUUGCACUAGUGUCUGUCCCAAGGGAUUAAACCCUGGUCUGGCAAUUGCACACCUUAAGCGACUAGUCGUUGGACUGGAGAAAAAGCCUAAUCCAGAAAUGGACCCGGUUGCUCUUCAUAAUAAGUAAAUAAAUUGUAACAUUUUGUUUUCAUUUUUUAUAGUGAAUACUGGAGGAGAUUAUAUGGUGUCUUAAUUAAAUUAUGAAUAUUAUUUGAAAGGCAUUGAGUGUACACAC